AUGCCCUGCUCAGAAAGGAGUUCGGCCCCUGGCAGGUUAACAGGUGACUUAUUGCCCCCGGUUCCGGCUCCUGUUAGCUCAGCCUCGCCUCCUUACAUAAGGCCAGAGGCUAUAAACAGCCGGGCAGGUGCUGCUGACUCCCCAGAGAUCUCCCUCCCCACAGCUGCAAGGAUGAAGGUGGUGGACGUGGUAAGUGAGCAGCAGCCCCUCUUUCCCAGCAAAGCUCCUCCCUUGGGAGAAGGCAGGAGGCUGAAUGGGAAAGGGGUGCUGGAGGCGGGCGGUAGUUCAGCGGUAGAGCGUCGGCCUUGCAUGCAGAAAGUCCCGGGUUCAGACUUCUCUGGGAUCUGACAGUAAGAGCUGUUCGACAGUGGAAUUUGCUGCCAAGGAGUGUGGUGGAGUCUCCUUCUUUGGAGGUCUUUAAGCAGAGGCUUGACAACCAUAUGUCAGGAGUGCUCUGAUGGUGUUUCCUGCUUGGCAGGGGGUUGGACUCGAUGGCCCUUGUGGUCUCUUCCAACUCUAUGAUUCUAUGAUUCUAUCUCCGGGUGCGGCUGGAAAACGCUCCUUGGCAGAAACCCUGGAGCGCAGCUGCCAAUCAGUGCAGACAGUGUGGAGUUAGAUGCUGACUUGGUAGAAGCAGCUUCCAUUCAGCUACAGGCACCCCAGGAUAGAGAGCAAAGGCUGGGAAUGCAGGGAUGGUAAAACCCGUAUUAUGCCUUUCCUCUGAGUAUUAGAUCCAAAAAUAUCUCCCUAGCUCCUUUGUUGUUGUUUAGUCGUGUCCGGCUCUUCGUGACCCCCUGGACCAGAGCACACCAGGCACUCCUCUCUUCCACUGCCUCCCGCAGUUUGGUCAAACUCAUGCUGGUAGCUUCACCCUAGCUCUUAGACGAAUGCAAUUAUUUAUUUCCUAAACUUUAUAUACCACUUGGUUGUUUUAAAAAACCCCAAAACUCAAAGGUAUUUACAAAAGAGAUAAAACAAUAAAACAAAUGCAGAUUAAAACUUGCAUCAUCUUUCUAAGCCUCUGGGUACGUGGGUUUUUCUCAGGUGUCGGAAAAAAGUACAGUGAAGGAGCCUGCCUGGGGUCAAUAGGCAGGGAGUUCCAAAGCUCCACUAAAAGGCCAAGUUCUUGCAAAUGUGGAAGGGAUAUUAUGUGGCGCUUGGAGCGGGGCCAGUUCCGUGAAUUGCAGCAGCCAAUUGCAUGUAUAUGGGUGAGGUGAUCUCGUAGGUCAAUUGGACGCAAGUUGUUAAGGGCUUUGUAUACUAGUAGCAGCAUCUUGGACUUGUCUUGGUAGCAAAUCUGUCCCGGAGGGGUAAGAAAAAGAGAAAAACCCCACCCCCAUCUCUGGAUCAUGAUGUUAGGUGCCACCCUUAGCAGUGAGAGAUUCCAGGGGGUUCCAGGUGCUUAUACUCAGGUUCUGCUUCCUUGGAGUGAAGGUCAGAGGAGAUGGCGGUGUUUUAGGGUGUGUUGUUGUUGUUGAGUCAUUUAGUCAUGUCCGACUCUUCGUGACCCCCUGGACCAGAGCACGCCAGGCCCUCCUGUCUUCCACUGCCUCCCGCAGUUGGGUCAAACUCAUGCUGGUAGCUUCAAGAACACUGUCCAACCAUCUCGUCCUCUGUUGUCCCCUUCUCCCUGUGCCCUCCAUCUUUCCCAACAUCAGGGUCUUUUCCAGGGAGUCUUCUCUUCUCAUGAGGUGGCCAAAGUCUUGGAGCCUCAGCUUCAGGAUCUGGCCUUCCAGUGAGCACUCAGGGCUGAUUUCCCUAAGAAUGGAGAGGUUUGAUCUUCUUGCAGUCCAUGGGCCUCUCAAGAGUCCCCUCCAGCACCAGAAUUCAAAAGCAUCCAUUCUUCGGCGAUAAGCCUUCUUCAUUUUAGGGUGUAUGUCUCUAUUUACACAUAUUAAAAAAUAGCUCAACAACUCUGGCUCCCUAAAAAACUCUGGCUCCCUAAAAAAAAAAAAAAAGCUGAACAACUCUGGUUCAUCCUCCAACGACAAUGGGUAGAUCACGGCCAGUUUUUUUUAUACUGUGAGUAGAUCGCAGUCCCUUGGGAGUCGGACGUGCCUUCAACCUCCUGCAAUGCAGGAAUCCUUUGAACCUACAACCCUCAGAGCAAGAUUCUCAUGGUCUACUGACUGUGCUAUCCUGAGCAUCACAUGGAGGGGCUCACAGCAUUAAACCCCCAACUAAUCUUGCUUCUCCAUUCAUCACAGCCGUGGAUACAGCACAGAGCAAGCAGGUCUCUGUGCCUUCCAGCCCGCUUCCAGCUCAGCUCACACCCCAAAACUCUGGCUAAAUGGAGGUCAGGUGAUGGGGUGGAGGAAAGACCCACCCAUUAGCCUGGAGUGCCCCCCUCACUUAGUUGCAGCUCUUGCAACCGGGCGCAUUCUUUUGGGAUGCUGAGGGUGACACUUAACUGCGGCCAGCUAAGAUCGUUGUCUUGCAAAGCAACAUGUCUGACCAGUUCAGCAACCUCCUCUCUCUUGAAUUCUAACUCUCCCUGGGUCCAGGACUCCAGGGAUUGGAAGGAACUCAGGGCAUCAUCCAGACUGACCCCUCCGCAAAAACCCCAACAGAAAUCUUCAUUCUGCUCUGGAUCAGCGGCAGAGCAUAUGUCCGCCCCACCCAGGGCGGGCACGCUCCUGAGGGGACUGGUGGGGGAUAGCAGCACGGGAUAGCCACUCGGGUGCCCAGAGUGGCACAUGUGCCCUGCAGCCGGGGGCAGAGCGAGCCACCCAUGGCGGAUAUUCGGCGCGCUGCCCAGCCACGACUCUCAAGCCUCCCGCAAGCUGUCAAAACGAAGGGGGAAGGGAGGAAUGUCGCCGGCAAAGCGGCGUAGCUCCCCCUCUUACCCCAACGGCUCGGGGUAGGCAUGGGAGUCGCGGGCGGGCGGGCUGUGCACCGAAUGUCACCCCCCUCAGUGAAGGCACCCAGGGCGGUCUGCCCUCAUCACCCCCCUUCCUACGCCCCUGCUCUGGUUAGAAGUGUAAGGAAAUGGUGCUGAGCUGCACUGCUAUUUAGGUCUCCUUCUGCCCCUUUCAAGUCCCACCUCUCAAGUAAAUUUCGCAGCAUGUUACCUAAUAAGAGAGAACUACCGUAUUUUUCGCCCUAUAGGACGCACCGGCCCAUAGGACGCACCUAGAUUUGGGGGGGGGGAAUAAAGGGAAAAAAAUUAUUUUCCCCAGGCGCGGGGCUGGGGCAGGGGAAGCCCCAGCGUCCCCCCACUCCAGCCCCCAGAAAAGGCAGCUCUCCGCAAGCCAUGGGAGCCCAGCGCGAAGUCGCGCUGGGCUCCCACGGCUUGCGGAGAGCAACGCAAAGCCCGCUCUGGGAGCAUGCGGGACUGGGGGAGGGGGAAGCCUGAGCUUCCCCUGACCCCAGCCCCCAGAACUGGUGCCAGAGCGAUGCCGAAGCUGCGGGCACCGACCCCUCUCGCUCUGGGAGCUUGCGGGGCUGGGGGAGGGGGAAUCCCACCGCCUGCCUCCAAACCAGGUCGGGAGACAGCGGGAUGGCGUGCUGCGCCUCCCCACUUCCCCCCGAGCUUGCGGGGCUGGCGGUGGGGCUCUCCUGAAGCCUGAAGAGCAAGAGGGGUCGGUGCGCACCGACCCCUCUCGCUCUCCAGGCUUCAGCAAAAGCCUGCAUUCGCCCCAUAGGACGCACACACAUUUCCCCUUCCUUUUUGGAGGGGAAAAAGUGCGUCCUAUAGGGCGAAAAAUACGGUAUAUGAAAAUGCAUCUUUGCUGGUAUCGAGGGCUAACCGUGCGGCGAGGUCCGAGUCCAGUCCGAGGUCGAGGGUGCGGUAUGGAGGCUGUCCGUCUAAGCUGAAUCUGGGCCCAAGGUAGGGAGCCGGGUGGGGUCAGGAACUCUGGCAGAAGCGCAGGACAGGGUGCAGGCAGGAGCAGGCUACCAACAAUGUUGCUCCCACAACCUGGGACUGGGGCUGGCUGGCUUUUAUCUGCCCCGAGGCAUAGGGCGGCCCCAGUCCACAGGUGACUCACCUCUCCUGGCCUGGAGGCGAGCACUCCUCCUGCGAGAACUUAGUUCCCUCCUCUGCAGCUCAGGAGAGGCUGGAGGGUUACCGGACCCAGAGGCAACCUCCUCUUCCCCUGAUGGGGCUGAGAGUGGAGCACCUGCAGGCAAUGGAUCCUCCAUCACCUCCGGAGCCAGAGCGAAUUCAGCUGGUGCCUGCACCUGAGGACCCAGCACAGGUGAGGACCCUUCAGGCUCAAGCCCCAGCCCCGGCUCAUCUGGUUCUGGAGGCGGGGAAUCCUGUGCAGGCUGGGAUUCCUCAGGUUCAGCCUCCGAGUCUGAAUCCCAGGCCAUCACAGCAUCACAGGUGGUACCUGGUGCCAGAAACGCUGGCAAAAAUGAAUAAAACAUAAUACUAAGUGCAGGAGAUGUACGAAACAAAAAGGAACCUUCUACCAUAUAUGGUGGACAUGCCCCCAAAUUGGGAAUUUUUGGAGCAUGAUCCACCAAGAAAUAAAUAAAAUGCUAAGAAUAUCAUAUAGUAAAAGGCCAGAGGCAUUCCUUUUAGGAAUUUUAAAUGAUGACCUUCCAAAAGACAAAACUUAAUUUUUCUUAUACGCGACGUCUGCAGCAAGAAUCCUGGUGGCUAAGUAUUGGAAGGGAAUCUGUUACCCACUAGGGGAGAGUGGUAAUGUAGGCUUUCAAAAUAUUUAGAAUUAGCCAAAUGGACAGAUAUGAUAAGACAAAAGCCAAAACGCGAAGUGCAAAAGGAAUGGGAGUGCCUAAAUGAAUACCUUGAAAGUCAAGGUUCGAGGACAGAAAUCUGGCUGAGUCAUGAAUAACCUUGUAAAUUGAAAGGGUAAGAAAGAGGGAUUUAUAUCUAGAUGCUAGGACAGAGAUGAUAAAGAAAACAGGAAGAUACAAUGAGAGGUAAAGGAGGUGCUGUGGGAUUGGUGGAAGUCAAUGUUUGUUUUUCUUUUUAGUGUUUAUAUUGUAAGAUAUGGAUUUGUUUAUUUUGUAUGCUGGUUUUUGUGUUUUGUUAUUUUUUGAUAUUUUUCGUGUUGUUGUUGUAUGGAAAAUACUAAUAAAAUUUAUUAUUUAAAAAUAAUAAUAAAAAAGUCCCAGCUCUCACAGAGCCUUUUUCUUCAGGGCUGCGACCCUUCAGAGGUGUACAGGCCAGAGAGCGAUGCGGAGAAUGGGAAGUCCAAGGGGGACUACAGGAAUUUCAAGGUGAGUGCAGAUCUGCCACAGAAAGGGAUCUAUUUUACAAGCUAUCUCAUGAAGACCCGGGAGAGGGAUGGGUGGUGACACCCACAAAAUGUAUCUGUCCUCUCCCUGCCAGAGCAGUUAAGAAGAAACAGGCUCCAUCUUGAGAUCGAGAAAGCACAAUAAUUGUUUAAUAGAGACAUUAACAAGAGAGCCCAUGUGGCAUAGUGGUUAGAGUAUUGGACUAGGAUCUGAGAGAGCAGGGUUCAAAUCCCCAGUUGCCCACAAAGCUCACUGAGCGAGCUUGGGAGCCAGUCGCUGCCUCUUGGUCUAACCCACCUCGCAAGGUUGUCGUGGAGAUGAAAUGAGGAGGGGUGAGAACACCACCAUGAACUCCUUGGAGAAAAAAUUAAGAUAUAAAUCUAGUAAAUGAAUAUAUUAACACCACCCAGGCAGCUAAAACAAACAAACAAAAUUAUUAUUAUUAUUAUUAUUAUUAUUAUUUCUUUAUACCACGUCCAUCUGGCUUGGUUUCCCCAGCCACUCUGUGCGGCUCCCAACAGAAUAUUAAAAAACACAAUAAAACAUCAGUCAUUAAAAACUUCCCUAAACAGGGCUGCCUUCAGAUGUCUUCUGCCUUCAGAUGUCUUCCCUAAACAGGGCUGCCUUCAGAUGUCUUUGACAUCUGAUGGGAGGGCGUUCCACAGGGCGGGCGCCACCACCGAGAAGGCCCUCUGCCUGGUUCCCUGUAACUUCGCUUCUCGCAGUGAGGGAACCGCCAGAAGGCCCUCAGAGUUGGACCUCAGGGCUGAACAAUGUGUGUGGAGACGCUCCUUCAGGUAUACAGGACUGAGGCCAUUUAGGGCUUUAAAGGUCAGCACCAACACUUUGAAUUGUGCUUGGAAACGUACUGGGAGCCAAUGUAGGUCUUUCAAGACCAGUGUUAUAUGGUCUUGGCAGCCACUCCCAGACACCAGUCUAGCUGCCGCAUUCUGGAUUAGUUGCAGUUUCCGGGUCACCUUCAAAAAGAAAGAGACAUUUAUUGUACAAAUUUAUUUAUUUUUUUAAAAAGAACCACUCCCUGCCCCAAAAGAGCUGAUGGAUCAGCCAAAGGUCUCUCUCAAUCCUGUCUUUUUCAGGAUGGGCCCCUGAUGGACCGAGUGUACAACACCUACUUGCAGAUGCACACCAACCAGACGGUGGAUUUUGUACAGAAGAAGGUGGGUUUGCUGGGGAGGUGGGGGGUCUCCAGUGGUAAGGAAGGCUCAUCACACCCAGCUUUUACAAGCGAUGGAGGGUCCUUCUCUGCAGCUCAGGUAUCAAUUCUCAAAACAGUUCCGAAAGAUGCACAUCAAAGGCAAGUGAAUCUCUCUGCAUACGACACACCACUCUCCGACCCCUGAAACUAUUUCCCAAAAUCUACACCAAAUGUUUUUGGGCCCCUUCUCCCUUGGCUUCAUCAACUCGUCCCCGGGGCCCCGUACCCUAUACAGUGGUACCUUGCUUCUCAAACUUAGUCCGUUCCGAAAGUCAGUUCCAAAACCAAAGCGUUCCAAAACCAAGGUGCGCUUUCCCAUAGAAAGUAAUGCAAAAACGGAUUAAUCCGUUCCACACUUCUAAAAACAAUCCCUAAAACAGCAAUUUAACAUGAAUUUUACUAUCUAACGAGACCAUGGAUCUAUAAAACGAAAGCAAUAAGCAAUGUAUUGCAGUCACACAAUCAGUCAAUAGCUGAACUGGAUUCCCCACAGUCACAAAAACAAAUUAACCGGAAAAGCCUCAAAAACAAAAACGCAAAAUAAAUAGCAAAAACAAAAGCCCCAAACUUAAUCCGUUCUGGAAGUCCAUUUGACUUCCAAAAUGUUCGAAAACCAAGGCACAGCUUCUGAUUGGUGCAGGUGCACCAGAAACAAUAGCCGCAUUGGACAUUUGGCUUCCUAAAAAUGUUCGAAAACCAGAACCCUUACUUCCAGGUUUUUGGCGGUUGGGAACCAAGGCAUUUGAGAACCAAGGUACCACUGUAGAUAAGAAAAGCAUUAUUCAGGAUGGUGGUUUGCAUGGCCCACUAAGAAAAGCAACAACACAAAACAGGAGCAAUUGAAUGCACAAUUAUUUGGAACCACCGAUCUACAUCUUCUGGCUGACCUCCCCCAACCCAUGGUUCAAUAAUAGUGUCCUCACAGUCCCCUCUCCCUAGAACGAGGAGUAUGGAGGCUGCCGUCUCCGUCGGAUGACCAUCAUGGAGGCCUUGGACCUGCUGGACAACGUGGUCGAUGAAUCGGACCCCGACGUCGAUUUCCCCAAUUCCUAUCACGCCUAUCAGACGGCGGAGGGGAUCCGAAGGGCACACCCCGACAAAGGUGAGUGGCUGGCGACUCCACCUGGGGGAUGGAUUUCUUUUCGUCUUCUUUUUUAGUAGUGUGAGAUAUAUAUAUGUGUGUAUACAUACACACACACACACACACACACACACAUAUAUAUUAUAGUUUUACAUAUAGUCACAUUAGAUAAAAUCGUACCCUCUUAUUUUAUUUCUUUGGUUCAUCUGAGCCUGAUGACUUCCCUCCCAUCGGAUGGUUUACAAAAUUAAACUUUACAUCUUUACAUUUCGCUUCAUUUCCUAUCCUUGUUGUAAAGGUAAAGGGUAAAGGGACCCCUGACCAUUAGGUCCAGUCGUGGCCGACUCUGGGAUUGCAGCGCUCAUCUCGCUUUAUUGGCCGAGGGAGCCGGCGUACAGCUUCCAGGUCAUGUGGCCAGCAUGACUAAGCCGCUUCUGGCGAACCAGAGCAGUGCACGGAAACGCCGUUUACCUUCCCGACAGAGUCUUACCUAUUUAUCUACUUGCACUUUGACGUGCUUUCGAACUGCUAGGUUGGCAGGAGCAGGGACUGAGCAACGGGAGCUCACCCCAUCGCAGGGAUUCAAACCGCCGACCUUCUGAUUGGCAAGUCCUAGGCUCUGUGGUUUAACCCACAGCGCCACCUGCGUCCCCAAUGCUUGUUGUAUCAUUACCUAAAAUAUUACCGGUACAUUACUCAACCUGAAUAGGCAGCAAUUUCACCUUACAGAUCUUCAGAUAACCCUGCCAGUGAUGUUAAUUGCUUGCAGUUGUCUUUCAAAUGUAAUAUAUAUUUGUUCCAGUCCUUUUGGAAUGCUUGGUCUCGCUGGUUCUGGAUCCUUCCCAUCGGUUUCGCCAGUUCUGCAAAGUCCAUCAGCUUCACCUGCCACUCUUCUUUGGUUGGUAACUCCUGUUUCCAUCUUUGGGCUAACAAAAUUUUUGCUGCUGCAGAAAAGUGGGAAUAGAUUUCUAUUCCUCUCCCACUGUUGGAAACAAUAGGAACACGAGAAGAGCCAGUUGGAUCAGGUCAAUGGCCCAUCUCGCCCACCCUCCAGUCCUCACACUGGCCCUGUUGGAAAAUCAGCAAGCAGGAUUCGAACACAAGAGUCCUCUCUCCUCCUGGGGUUUCCAGCAACGGGCCUCCGUUAUAUAAUGAGAUGAAAAAAAUGUUGAAAUAUACAUUCAUAAAGAAACCAGAAGCAUUUUUACUGGGCAUUGUGGGGAGUGAUAUCAAUAGAAAGGAAUGUAAGCUCUUUUUAUAUGCAAUAACAGCAGCAAGAAUAUUACUGGCCCAAAAAUGGAAGCUAGAAGAGUUACCGUCGAUUGAAGAAUGGAGGAUGAAGUUAAUGGACUAUGCAGAACUAGAUGAACUAACAGGAAGGAUUCGAAACCAGCGGGACCAGAAAUUCACAGAAGACUGGAGUAAAUUUACGGACUACUUGAAAAGUAUUUGUGAAGAUCAGACGACGUUUGUAGGUUUGCAAGAAGUUUUGUGAGGAGUAUUAUUGGAAGUAUUGCAAAAAUGGAGAAGGGGAAGGAUGAUUUGUUAAGAGACAUAAAGGCAAUAUAAAGUGAAGAAAAGCAUAAGAAGUGGUUAAAACGGUGGAUCAUCAGAGGUGCUGAUGGAAGUCUAAAAAGAUUGUAUAAGUGAUAAGAUUUGUGGUACAUUUUAUAAUUUAUAUGUUAAAAUCAAUAUAUAUAUAUAAAAUAUAUAUACAGAAGCAUUGCUGCCUCCAGCUGUGGAGGGAGACAUUUUGACUAGUAGCCAUCAACAGUCCUUUCUUUUCUCUGUCCUGAAUCUUCCAAUAUUCAGCUUUAUGGGAUGUCUGCGAGUUUCAAUGUGCUGAGUGUGGGAGCAAAACUCCUCCAUCCACUUUCGAUGGUUGCACCAUAGAUUUCUGUGAUGGAACGAAGGCAGCGGGACGUGGGGAGAGAGAGUUUAUUCCGCGUCAAAUGGGCCGCCUCUCUUUUCUUUGAAAAUUUAUUCAUUUUGGUUUUUCAGAUUAAAAUUUUACAAUCCUAUAUCAAACGUUAAAUCAUCAAAACAAGAAUCCAAGGAAUCUCCUGGACUUCUAUUCUGCCCUAUUAUUUCCUCCUGUAUCUUUUAUGAUGAUCCAAAUGUUUUACAUCUCCAUUGUAUCCAAAAUUCACCAUUGGUGGUAUUCCAAUCCUACUAACAAUUUUAACCGUUUACAGUGGUCUUUAAGAUAAGGUAUACAUUUCCCCCAUUCCUUAUUAAAAUUUUGGCCUUCCUGAUUUCUGACUCCUCCGGUCAUUUUAGCCAUUUUGGCAGAGUCCAUCAACUUGAUCUGCCAUUCUUCUCUGGUAGGGACAUUAUUUUAUUUUCAUCUCUGGGCCAAUAACAUCUGCACAGCUGUGGUCACACAGAUAGAUAGUCUCUUGGGAUUUCAGCACCUGCAAUUCCUAAAAGGAAGGCUUCAGCGUUGUUUCUUAAAAAAGGUUAUUUUAAACAUUUUUUUUAACUCAUCAUAUAUCAUUUCCCAAAAUCCUUUUACUACCUUACAAUUCCACCACAUAUGAUAAAAGGUGCCUUCUUUUUCCUUACAUAUCCAGCAUACAUUUGAGCCUGUUUUAUACUUUUUUUGCUAAUUUGCUAGGAGCUAAAUACCAUAGACACAUCCUUUUCAUACAAUUUUCUUUCAACGUAUAACAUGCCUCUCUUUUCUUGCCGCAGAUUGGUUUCACCUGGUCGGGCUACUUCAUGACAUUGGAAAGAUCUUGGCACUCGUUGGUGAGCCUCAGGUAAGCAGAAAGGUUACAUACUUGCCCAGUCUCCCUCAUGAUCCCCGUUAAGCAAGUUGCCCCCUCUGAGGCUCCCUUGCCUAAUGCUCAGCUCCUGGGUCCCUGGGCAGGAGAGACCAUGCCCUCCCCGAUAUCCCCUAUCAGGGAAUUUAGCAGGGGUGCCUAGGAACCCCAAACGGGGCAAAAUUUCACCUGACCCCUCCUUCCUCACCUGCAUUUGACAUCUGUAAUGUUGUAUUUUAGUCAACGAACUUAUUAUACGCUACAUAGAAGUGCCAGUCUGAAGGGGCAUAUGCAAUCAUGCUACUUUUAUACUCUACUCAACUCUCUGAGCAAAGACUGACUCUGGGGAGUCCAGGCACUUACCCCAAGGGUUUGGUUUCCUAGGAAUGAAAGUCAGCAGAGACACUGGUUUAUUAGGGAUAUGGGGGACGCAGGUGGUGCUGUGGUCUAAACCACUGAGCCUCUUGGGCUUGCCGAUCUGAAGGCUGGCAGUUCAAAUCCCCGCGACGGGGUGAGCUCCCAUUGCUCUGUCCCUGCUCCUGCCAACCUAGCAGUUCGAAAGCACACCAAAAAGUGCAAGUAGAUAAACAGGUACCACAGCGGUGGGAAGGUAAACAGCAUUUCCGUGCGCUCUGGUUUCCAUCACGGUGUCCCGUUGUGCCAGAAGCAUUUUUGUCAUGCUGGCCACAUGACCUGGAAAGUUGUCUCUGGACAAACGCAGGUUUCCUUGGCCCAAAAGCGAGAGGAGCGCCGCAACCCCAUAGUCGCCUUUGACUGGAUUUAGCCGUCAUGGGGUACUUUACCUUUAUUUGGGGUAUCUUCUUCAUCUUUCUUCUUUGUAGCCGAGAAAGAUUGUCUUCCAUAAACACAGUUUUAACAAUGAGUCUGUAAGUGACUGUGGAGGCCAGUUCUGAAUCCACACGUCCUUCCACAGUGGGAACAUUGGUUUCCGGGCGGGAGUUGAUACUGGUGUGGAUUUGCCAAGCAUGCCUUCCUCUUGGCACGUUUCUCCCUUGCGUCCUGAGUUCGAGUGUCUUCAAAGCCCAUGACACCUUUGGUCAAGGCUGUUCUCCAACUGGAGCGCUCGCAGGCCAGUGUUUCCCAAUUGUUGGUGUUUAUACUACAUUUUUUAAAGAUUUGCCUUGAGAGAGUCUUUGAACCUCUUUUGUUGAUCACCAGCAUUACACGUUCCAUUUUUAAGUUCAGAAUAGAGUAGUUGCUUUGGAAGACAAUCAUCAGGCACCCGCACAACAUGACCAGUUAUGGUUUUAUUGAUGCAUCUAUGCAAGCUGAGCAUAAGACGGAGGGGCUCACAGUGUUAACCCCCAACAGAUCUUGCUUCUGCAUUAAUCACAACCUUGGGGUAAGCAAGUUCUGUGUCUCCAGCUUCCAGGCUGCUCCCAGCUCAGCUCACACACAACUCUUUGGCGAUUGUUCUGCUUUCUAGCAGCUAGUUCUGUGGGAUGGAGGAAACGCCCACCCAUUAGCCUGGAGGACACACUCAUUUAGCUCUGACAGCCGAGCUUAUUUUUUAUUUGGGAGGGAUACUGAAGAGGACCCCUAAACAGCCAGCUAAGGCCAUUGCCUUGCAAAGAAACUUGUCUGAUUAGUUCAACAACCUCCUCUCUUAGAUUCUAACAGAUACUGGUCCAAGACCAGACCACACCAUCCAGACUGAACCCGCAUCCCAAACCAAUGCCAAUAAUAAUUAAAAUAUGUUGUUGCGGCUGCAAGAUUACUGUAUUUUUCGCUCCAUAAGACACGCCUAGUUUUUAGAGGAUGAAAACAAGAAACAGUGGAUGUAUGAUUUUUGUGGUUCAUGCUGUGGCCACAGACAUGUGAUUUGACAGUGAGUUUGGGGUAGCCCAAUGAAAAAAUCCUGAGGAUCCAUGUGGAUCCAUGCUUUGUUACAUUUUGGUGCCAUUGCGGCCCCACGAAACAGUGGGUGUGUGAUUUUUUUGCUGCAGGCUGAAGCCAUGGACAUGCUAUGUGAUCUGAUGGAGAAUUUGGGGUGACCCAAUGUAAAAAUCCUGAAGAUCCAUGGGCGUUUACCUCCCCCCUCCCAGGCAGCCUCCUUUAUUGCGUCCCUUAUCUUCCUCCCGAUCACUUGCCGAUCAGCUGCUUCCUUUCAACACUCCUUUCCCUCUUGUUUGCCUUAGUGUCUUUUCCUCAGCUGGAGCAGUUUUUUGCUCCUCCUUUUCUUCUAAUUUCUCUCCUCAUUGAUUUAGUCUUCCUGUCUCCUCUCCUUGCAAGUUUGCUGUUUUUACCUCCCAUGCAGCCUCCUUUAUCGCUAGCAUCCUUUAUCUCCCUCCUGAUCGCUUGCCGGUCAGCUGCUCAGCGGCUUCAUUUCAACACCCCCUUCCCUUUUUCUAAAAAAAAAAAAAAAAGCACGAUCUGCUUUUCGCCCCUGGGCAAUUCGGCUCCAGGGACCACACCUUCGCUCCCUAAGACGCACAGACAUUUCCCCUUACUUUUUAGGAAGAAAAAGGUGCAUCUUAUGGAACAAAAAAUACGGUAUAUCCAAUGAAGUCAUCUGUUCACGGAAGAACCUCCACUUACAUAACACAACUUUCCCUCCCUCUCUUCCCCUGCCCUUGAAUAUCUAUUCUGGGGGUCCCUCUCCAGGCCUUUGAGGCAGAUUUGGGGGUGGUGCAGGGGGGCGUUCAGGGAGAGGAGUGGGAAGCUGCAUUGCACCAUCAGAAGUCCUUGCGCAAAUGGGAUAAAUUUGGGGGAUCUACAAGCCCCUGUUGACAAUAUUGUGGUUCUCCAGGGAGCCUACCUCAGCUCAUCUCCUUGAGAAAGGUGACGCACCCAGUCCUUGCCGGGUUUAUUAUUGAAAAUGAACACAAGGCUGGGAUGGAGGCUCAGCAAAACAGGCCAAAGAACAAACUGGUUUGCAGGCACUCUGGAUGGCCAAGAGGAAUGGGGGGGAGCUCACUGACCUGCUCUUCCUUCCCCUCCAUUUCUUGCAGUGGGCUGUGGUGGGUGACACUUUUCCAGUGGGCUGCAAGGUCCAGGACUCUGUCGUCUUUCGGGACUCCACUUUCCACAACAACCCCGACAUGACAAACCCCUUGUACAAGUAAGCAUUCGCUCACAUCCCUGUUUUGUUCUGUGAGCAGGAGAAAGAGAGCCCUUCAUUUGGAGGGACAAAAACGUAAGAAGCCCAUCUAGUCCACAAAAAUGCCAAUGAAUAUCACAAAUGGAUAUAGAAGUGUGAAGAAGUAAAUUGUCUGGAGAGCUGAGAAGCUGAAACCAACAGUUUCUGUAAUAGUGGCCUAACCCUCCCUCUCCAAGUAUUAAUCCAGAAUAGCCAGCAGAAUCCAAGAUGGUCCCCUUUCCUAUCUUGCGAUAAUCCCAUUCGUAAGAAGGAGCCUGAGGUACGUUGGGGAGCAAGCCUUGAGAUUUGUCUUCUCUUUCUCUCCUCCUCAGCACUAAGUAUGGGAUCUACCAGCCUCAUUGUGGUUUGGAGAAUGUCCUGAUGUCCUGGGGCCAUGACGGUAAGAGCUCCAGCUUUGCAUCUGAGGCAGGAGGCGAUGGAACGCUAAAUUAAAAAGUUAGUUUGCACUAAGCUUGUGGAGAGGUCCAUCCACUGCUUAUGAAGCAGUGGAGAGCUUCUAUAGCACUGGAUCAAGCAAAUGAUCUCCCUUGCUAUCAAAUGUAUUUCUUCAUUAACUUUCCUUUCUGCAAAAGUCUGUUCUGUGCCAUGGAGCCUGAAUCUGCUGCCUGUCGGACUUGUGUUCGACCGAGCUACUCCUCCGGUUGAGUCCUCUGACGGUGACUAACGACCUAAGCCUUUGAUGAGACUCCAGGCACGUUCCCAUUAUGCAGAGUAUCCAAGCAGCAGCAGAAGGACGAGACAUAUGAGCUACAUUGCUAAGAGUUUUAUUUCUAACUAUGCAGACAGAAAAUAAUAUGCAUCCUUUCUCUGUGAAAGCAGAGGGGCAAUUGGUACAAAGAAACAGGAAACCAGUAAAAUCAACAUCCGUCUCCUGUCUCCCAUGAGACUUCCAACAGUCUGGAAACUCUGGAAUGUAAACAGAGUCUUGUGACUCCAAGCACUGCACAGUGGCACGAACAGAAACCUAACUUCCUCCCCCUUUCUGUGAACACCACUGGGCAGUGUAUCAGUACAAUCUCAGUACAAACCCAGUUUCUGUACAUAGGUACAGUGUAGAUCCCUCGGAACAACCUUGGACAACAAAUCAGCAGGAAUUUCAUUUCCUGGCAUGUAGGACACCGUUACGAGUCCUUUCUGAACACAUUCCCUAGCAUGUUGCAGCUUCAAUUGCAGGUGCUUCGUGCUUUGCUUACAACCUUCAGAAGUCAGCAAAGCCAAACAUGCUUUGUUGUCCUGAUAAACCUGGAUUGGACACUUUACAUUAAUUCCCAUGUCUUUACACAAUUGUAACAACCAUUCACAAUCCACAAGUAAAUAAGACAGUGCAUUCAGUUCAGCUUCACAAUAACUUAAGCUUACUGUUGUUUGCCUCUUGCACGACCAAUCAAAUAGACCCUGGUUGUACAUGUAGCAAACUCCAGAUGUGCUUUUCCUGUCUGUAGUGUCACUUCCAAAACUCGCAUCAGCAAAUAUCUCAAGACCGCCAAACUUUUGAUUGUUAAACAAAGUCUGUAGUGCAUUGUGCCUUUCAAAUAGCAAAAACAACGAGCAGUUUAGAAGUACCCAGAAGAGGAGACAAAGGCCCCUUUUGUCUUCUGUUUCUCUUCUUCUCUCCACUCCAGAGUACAUGUACAAAGUGAUGAAGCACAACAAAUUUGCUCUCCCUCAGGAGGUAAGCUGGAGAUCUCACCAUCUGUGCCCCAAAUGCAUUCCUACUUGUUUGUUCCUACUUGUUCCUGGUAAAAUAAUAACAGCCAGUGCUUUUUUUCAGGGGGGGGGGACACGCAUACCCCUAAACAUUUUGUGAAUCUUUGUACUUUUGUCCAUUGACUGUAUUUAUUUUCCCUGAUUUGAACUAUAAAACGGUGAUUUUCUUGAGUCAAAAUGAGAGUACCCCUAAACAUUUUUUAAAAAAGAAAAAAAAAGCACUGAUAAUAACACUCUCUCUGUUUUGCCUUUUGGAAGUUGGUAAGGAUGCAAGCACCAUCAGCACCUAAUGUGAGGCUAAGGAAACUCUAUUGGAAGCAAAGAGGGAGAGUCGAGUUUGCUAACACCUGUCUGAGGUCUGUGCAAAGUGUUUCCUUAUACAGGGGUUGGUUUUGCUCUCUGCAUUUUUAAGCUGUCCAUCAACAGCGUCUCCAAAAAAAUUAAACAUCACUUGGGAAGACAGGCGAACUAACACCAGUGUCCCGGAAGAAGCAAAGAUCCCCAGUGUUGAAGCAAUGAUUCUUCAACAUCAACUUUGUUGGACUGGUCAUGUUGUGCGGAUACCUGAUUAUCGUCUUCCAAAGCAACUACUCUACUCCGAACUUAAAAAUGGAAAGCAUAAUGCCGGUGGUCAACAAAAGAGGUUCAAAGACUCUCUCAAGGCAAAUCUUUUAAAAAUGUAGUAUGAACACCAAUGAUUGGGAAACACUGGCCUGCGAGUGCUCCAGUUGGAGAAAAGCCUUGACCAAAGAUGUCAUGGGUUUUGAAGACACUCGAACUCAGGACGCAAGGGAGAAAUGUGCUAAGAGGAAGACACACUUGGCAAACCCUCACCAUGAUCAGCUCCCACCCGGAAACCAAUGUCCCCACUGUGGAAGGACGUGUGGAUCCAGAAUUGGCCUCCACAGUCACUUAAGGACUCACUGUUAAAACCGUGUUUGUGGAGGACAAUCCUACUCGGCUACGAGGGAUCGCCAAAGAAGAAAGAAGAAAAGUGUUUCCUGGUGCGGCUGGUUCCACUGAUUAGAGCAGCCUUUCUCAACCUGUGGGUCCCCAGAUGUUGUUGAACUACAACUCCCAUCACCCCUAGCUAGCAAGGCCAGAGCUCAGGGAUGAUGGGAAUUGUAGUCCAACAACAACUGGGGACCCACAGGUUGAGAACCACUUGGAGCAAUUCUGGCACUCCUGGGUAUCCAAUGAUGCUGAAAAAUUCAAGAUGUACUUCAUGCAAUGUGUAGUUAAACUAUGGAGGGCUAUUGGUGGCUCUGAGCCAGAAUGGCUCUGUUCUGCCUCCACAGCUGAGGCACCAAUCCUGCUGAAAACCACAGGAGGAGAGGAGGUUCUUGCAUGCAGGUUUCCCAGCAGAAGAGGCACCUAGUUGGCCACUCUGAGAAGAGGAUGCUCAGGGCCAUGGGCCUGAUUCUGCAGGGUUCAUCUUACAUUUUUUGGGGGUUUGUUUUUUUUUAAAAUAUUUUUUAACAACAACCAAAACACAAACAGUGAAACCCCCCAGGCAGCUGGGUAUACAUAAUCAAUAAUAACAUAUUCAAAUCAACCCUGUGUCCAAUUCUAUAUACCUUAACACUCCUCCCUCCACAAGGUUUAUUUAACUUUUAACAUUUCAAUUGCCCCAAAUUGUUCAAACCUACCCAAAUAAUUCAGUAUCUUCUCAAACCAAUCCUCCUCCUUCUCACUGACCUUAAACCCUUUUCAUUUUAUAAUAAUAAUAAUUUAUUAUUUAUACCCUGCCCAUCUGGCUGGGCCUCCCCAGCCACUCUGGGUGGCUUCCAUAGAAACCAAAAAUACAGUAAAAUAUCACACGUUAAAAACUUCCCUGAACAGGGCUGCCUUAAGAUGUCUUCUGAAUGUCAGGUAGUUGUUUAUCGCUUUGACAUCUGCUGGAAGGGCGUUCCACAGGGUGGGCGCCACUACUGAGAAGGCCCUCUGCCUGGUUCCCUGUAGCUUUGCUUCUCGCAAUGAGGGAACCGCCAGAAGGCCCUCGGCGCUGGACCUCAGCGUCCGGGCAGAGCGAUGGGGGUGGAGACGCUCCUUCAGGUAUACUGGACCGAGGCCGUUUAGGGCUUUAAAGGUCAGCACCAACACUUUGAAUUGUGCUCGGAAACGUACUGGGAGCCAAUGUAGGUCUUUCAAGACCGGUGUUAUAUGGUCUCGGCGGCCGCUCCCAGUCACCAGUCUAGCUGCUGCAUUCUGGAUUAGUUGUAGUUUCUGGGUCACCUUCAAAGGCAGCCCCACAUAGAGCGCAUUGCAGUAGUCCAAGCGAGAGAUAACUAGAGCAUGCACCACUUGGCGAGACAGUCCGCAGGCAGAUAGGGUCUCAGCCUACGUACCAGAUGGAGCUGGUAAACAGCUGCCCUGGACACAGAUUUGACCUGUGCCUCCAUGGACAGCUGUGAGUCCAAAAUGACUCCCAGGCUGCGCCCCUGGUCCUUCAGGGGCAUAGUUACCCCAUUCAGGACCAGGGAAUCCUCCACACCUGACCGCCUCCUGUCCCCCAAAAACAGUACUUCUGUCUUGUCAGGAUUCAACCUCAAUCUGUUAGCUGCCAUCCAUCCUCCAACCGCCUCCAGACACACAGGACCUUCACCGCCUUCACUGGUUCUGAUUUAAAAGAGAGGUAGAGCUGGGUAUCAUCCGCAUACUGAUGAACAUCCAGCCCAAACCUCCUGAUGAUCUCUUCCAGCAGCUGCAUGUAAAUGUUGAAAAGCAUGGGGGAGAGGACGGAACCCUGAGGCACCCCACAAGUGAGAGCCCAGGGGUCUGAACACUCAUCCCCCCCCACCACUUUCUGAACACGGCCCAGGAGGAAGGAGCGGAACCACUGUAUGACAGUGCCCCCAGCUCCCAGCCCCUCAAGACGGUCCAGAAGGAUGUUAUGGUCGAUGGUAUCAAACGCCGCUGAGAGAUCCAGCAGAACUAGGAAACAGCUCUCACCUUUGUCCCUAGCCCGCCGGAGAUCAUCAACCAGUGCGACCAAGGCAGUUUCAGUCCCAUGAUGAGGCCUGAAUCCCGACUGGAAGGGAUUAUGUAUCUUCACAGUUAGAUAUUCUAAGAUUAUAAUAUUUUUCAGUUUUUCCCUCCAUUGGUUCACUCCUAGCUCUUCUGCAUUUUUCCAAUUACCCGCUAUAACCUGUCUGGCUGCAAUUACCAUCAAUUUUACCCAUUUGCAUUCAUCUUUUGUUUCUAACUCGGUGCUACUCUGGCUAAUAAGAACCAUUAAUUUAGAUAUUUCCACCUUCCUACCCACAAUUCCCAAUAUUUCUAUACCAAUCUGUUUCCAAAAUUCAUUAACUAACGGACAAUUCCACCACAUAUGACUGUAUGUUCCCAUCACUCCACAUUUCCUCCAACAAUUCUUACUUCCAGAUUUUGUAAUAUGAUAUAACCUUACGGGUGUGUAAUACCAUUUUUGUACAAACUUCAACCCUUGUUCCUGGAUUAUCCUAGAGGUCGCAACAAAGGGUGGUUGCCGAAAGAUUCUUUCCCAAUUUUCAUUUAAAAUCUGUUCCUGAAUAUCUAGCUUCCAAUAUUCUUUCAAACUUUCCUUUGGUGAUUUCUCUUACAUUGUUAGAGUAGUUGCACCGCAGGGCAGGGCAGGGCAGGGCAGGAAAGGCUCAGCUCCUGCAGAAAUGCACAGAACAUGUGGAAGCCCUGAGCCAGCAGCAGCUGCGAGGGACAUGGGCUCAGGCUGCAGUAGUUGCCCUGGUGGAGAACGGAAACACCCCUACUUUCUUCCUCGAAACAAUGCCAGCAAUUUCUCCUGGUUGCCCCAGAACUUUGCAAGGCACACAGACAUGAGAUGUCGUGGGAGCUUGGACGGCCUGGAGAGAUCUCGCGAGAGCAUCCCAGAACCUGCAUGCUGAGUGGGACUUGCCCAGGAAGGAAGUCAGAGACCUUAUUAAAAGCUCUCUGUCCCUUGCUUGGGGGGCAAGACCUGCCUGGUGUGCUGGCUGCAGAUGGGUGGUCUUGACAGGGGCAGUUCAAGGAUACUCAUUUUUGCAUGUAUGAGCCGUCGCCAGAUCAUAACCCUCACGUAAUAUACGAUCCUGCUGUACUACCAAUGCAGGUAAAGGUAAAGGGACCUCUGACAGGUCCAGUCAUGACCGACUCUGGGGUUGCGGCGCUCACCUUGCUUUAUUGACCGAGGAAGCUGGCGUACAGCUUCCUGGUCAUGUGGCCAGCAUGACUAAGCCGCUUCUGGCAAACCAGAACAGCGCACGGAAAGGCCGUUUACCUUCCCGCCGGAGCGGUACCUAUUUAUCUACUUGCACUUUGACAUGCUUUCAAACUGCUAGGUUGGCAGGAACAGGGACCGAGCAACGGGAGCUCACCCCGUCACGCGGAUUUGAACCGUCAACCUUCUGAUCGGCAAGUCCUAGGCUCCGUGGUUUAACCCACAGCGCUACCCGCAUCCCUUGCAGAGUCGGUAGCUAUUCAAUCCAAUGCAGAGCCGGUAGCUAUUCCAAGUUAAUCCAUUUUUGGGUAGAAAUUAAAGGGGGAAAGUGAGGCUGCAAAGAUGGCUCAAAAGGCAGAUUAGUUUUUAUUUUCAAAUCUGUCUUUCGGCAAGAAAAAUCUUAAGACUGAAUUCCUUAUCAGCAAUUAAUUAGCAUGUUGUUUGCUGGAGGGAGAGGCGGUACAGAAGGAGCAAAGUCCAUGUGAGAUAAGCAGGUUUAUUUCCAUCAACAGCUCUCCCACAAAUGACUGAUAAGUUUCCUUUUGCGGGGUGGCGCCAUCGGUAAUGGCGGAUUCCCUCUGAUCCGGAGGGACUGGCUCCAAGGAAAACGGGUCUUUCCCGCUACGGCGAAGCGGGGACCCUUUGGAAAAUCACAGGCGGAUGAAGCCUGUGACCAUGGGACUCGGCGGGCACCUUUCGCGCCCCCCCAACUCGUAAAGGAACCCAGAAGGGGACGACAGAGAACGAGAUGGUGGGACAGUGUUCUCGAAGAUACCAGCAUGAGUUUGACCAAACUGCGGGAGGCAGUGGAAGACAGGAGUGCCUGGUGUGCUCUGGUCCAGGGGGUCACGAAGAGUCGGACACGACUAAACGACUAAACAACAACAACAACAACCCCAGAGAUUCUGCCUUGCCUUGGGCAUGUCCAAAAGUCACCCUGCUUGCCUUGGGGGGACAGUAGUGGGGUUUCCCCAAAGCUUCAGGGCUGCAUGGCUUUUUCCUUGCACACUGUGCUCUAAAGCAGUGGAGGCUGAUGCAGUUUCACUUUCCUCCCCCUUCUCUGCAGGCUUUCUACAUGGUCCGCUUCCACUCCUUCUAUCCCUGGCACACAGGAGGAGACUACAUGCACCUGUGCAAUGAGGAUGACCUCCGGAUGCUGCCCUGGGUGAAAGAAUUCAAGUACGUGGCAGGCAGGGAUGGAGACGUUGGGGUCACUUCUCAGGAAGCAGCGUGGUGCAGUGGUUAGAGCGCUAGACCGGGACCCGAGAGACAAGGGUUCCAGUCACCAGUUGCCAAUUCUCAGCCUGGCCUGCCUUGCAGGGGUUGUGGGGAUGAAGCAAAGACCAAGAGCACCACAGAUGCCACCUUGAGCUCGGUGGAAAAGAUAGGUAUAUAAAGACAACAGUAACAGAGGGCCCAUCUAACUCAGUGCUGUCAGCACUGACUGGCAGCUGCUCACCAGGGUAGGGAGUCUCCCACUUGGAGAUUAAAUCUGGGACCUUUGGGGUUCAAAAUAGGUGCUCUGGAUCAUCAUCAUCAUCAUUUAAUAUUUAUACCCCGCCCAUCUGGCUGGGUUUCUCCAGCCACUCUGGGCAGCUCCCAACAGAAUAUUAAAAACACAAUAAAACAUCAAACAUUAAAAGCUUCCCUAAAGAGGGCUGCCUUAAGAUGUCUUCUGAAUGUCAGGUAGUUAUUUAUCGCUUUGACAUCUCCUGGGAGGGCGUUCCACAGGGCGGGCGCCACUACCGAGAAGGCCCUCUGCCUGGUUCCCUGUAGCUUUGCUUCUUGCAAUGAGGGAACCGCCAGAAGGCCCUCGGCGCUGGACCUCAGCGUCCGGGCUGAACGAUGCGGGUGGAGACGCUACUUCAGGUAUACUGGGCCGAGGCCGUUUAGGGCUUUAAAGGUCAGCACCAACACUUUGAAUUGUGCUCGGAAAAGUACUGGGAGCCAGUGUAGGUCUUUCAGGACCGGUGUCAUAUGGUCUUGGCAGCCGCUCCCAGUCACCAGUCUAGCUGCCGCAUUCUGGAUUGGUUGUAGUUUCCGGGUCACCUUCAAAGGUAGCCCCACGUAGAGCGCAAUGCAGUAGUCCAAGCAGGAGAUAAUCAGAGCAUGCAUCACUCUGGCAAGACAGUCUGCAGGCGGAUAGGGUCUCAGAUUGAGCUGGCUGACAGCUGCCCCGGACACAGAACUGACCUUCGCCUCCAUGGACAGCUGUGAGUCCAAAAUGACUCCCUGGCUGUGCACCUGGUCCUUCAGGGCCACAGUUGCCCCAUUCAGGACCAGGGAGUCCUCCACACCUGCCCGCCCCCCAAAAAGAGUACUUCUGUCUUGGCAGGAUACAACCUCAAUCUGUACUGUUACUAGUAUAAACACAUCAGUAACAGAGGGCCCAUCUAACUCAGUGCAGUGAGCACUGACUGGCAGCUGCUUCCCAAGUAGGGAGUCUCCUCCUUGGAGAUGCCACUGAAGAUUAAAUUUGGGACCCUCAGGGUUCAAAAUAGGUGCUCUGGAUCACGACCUGCCCUCUGCCACCUUGGACCCCCAAGGCAGGCAAGUGUUCCUCAAUCUUGGGUCCCCAGUUAUUGUCAGACUACAAGCCCCAUCAUCCCUGACUCCUGGGUUCUGCUAGCUAGGGAUGAUGGGAGUUGUAGUCCGACAACAGCUGGCACUCUGUGGGUACCAAAGAGCAACCCCACUUUCCUUAUUCCACCCCCUUCCAGCAAGUUCGACCUGUAUACCAAGUGUGGGGAGCUGCCCAAUCCGUCGGAGCUGAAGCCGUACUACCAGAGGCUGAUCGACAAGUACUGCCCAGGUGAGCUUUCCUGGUGAUGCUCAAAAUGGGCUCUGCUUCCUUGUCGCCAACCCGGCCGCUGCUGCAGGAUGGAUGCCUGCCAAUCUCUCGAUGACUUCGCAACUGCAAGGAAGACCUCAGGCCGUUUCAGCAUGGUUUCCGAAAAACGGCAAAAUCCAUUUGGAACGGCACAAGAUCC